AUGAAUAAGUCAGGGAUAUCUACUGUGACACAGUUUGUCUUGUUGGGCUCUCCUGGUCCCUGGAAAGUGCAAAUCAUUCUUUUCUGAAUGAUUUUUUUGGUCUACAUCUUGACUCUUUCUAGGAAUACGGCCAUCAUUUGUGUAGUUUUGUGGGACAACCAACUUUACACCCUUAUGUACAUGCACCUGGCCAACUUCUUUCUAGAGAUCUGGUAUGUGACCUGCACAGUCCCCAACAUGCUGGUUAAUUUUCUUUCCAAAACCAAGACCAUAUCGUUUUCUGCUUGCUUCACUCAUUUCUGCUUCUUCUUUCCCCUGGGUACAACUAAAUGCUUCUUCCUCUCUGUCAUGGCUUACGAUCUAUACCUAGCCAUCUGCUGUCCACUGCACUAUCCCUCAGAUACUGGACAGCUCUGUGCCAUUCUCAUAUCUCUCUGUUGGCUCGUUAGUUUCCUUGGACAUUCAACUUCUAUUUUCUUUAUUCAACUAUCUUUCGGUGGUCCCAACAUCAUUGAUCACAUUCUUUGUGAUGUGGACCCACUAAUUGCAUUGUCCAAUGCACCUACACUCAUCAUCGAGCAUGUUUUUCAUUCUGUGAGCUCUCUUAUCCUCAUUCUCACCAUGUUGUACAUCCCAGGGUCAUAUAUCCUGGUGCUCAGAGCUGUGCUUCAGGAUCCUUCUUCAGCUGGGCAGGAAAAGGUCUUCUCUACCUGUGGAUUCCACUUAGUUGUGGUGUCUCUGUUCUAUGGAACUAUAAUGGUGAUGUACAUGACGCCCUCACCUGGAAUUUUCCUCAUUAGAGCCAAUGAAGAGGAGCUGCCUUUAUGUUCGGCACCACUGAACCCAUCCCUCUCUCCAAGCUGA